GAAAAUGGCGAUGCCUGCGUUUCUUUUUUUCAGUCGCUUUACACAACACUUUAGCAACACAAAUUUUAACACUAAAAUACUGCGCGAGCGGUUCUUUUAAUUAAAUUGCAAGUAGGAAGCAAGAAUGCGCGGCGAACUUACCCCACAGACGUGCCGAGUGUGCCUGGAGCCCUGUGCGCGGCUGCAGCGCCUGGACGAAUCCCGCGAGGAGGGCGAGGAAACGCCAAACGAGAUGUUGAUCCAACUUUUGGGGGUUUCGUACAGCAAGCUAAACGACAAGGAGAACAUCCCAGAUAGCAUCUGCAAGUCCUGCAAGGUGGAACUUAACAUGGCCUAUCAGUUCCGCGAGAAGGCUCUCCGAAAGCAGGGCGAGAUCGAGGACUACUGCCGGGAAUUGGGCCUUCUGGACGAAUCCGAUGAUAUGUUGAUCAAAGAGGAGGACGGCUCGCAGACGCACUGCGACGAGGAGAUGUAUAUCCUGGAGGAGAGCACCACUGGGGAAGGAGAUCAUCACGACGAUAAGGUGCAGGAGGAGUAUCUGGAAGUGGAGACCAGCGAACAACAGGAGUGCUUAGGCGACACCAUCGAGUAUCUAGAAGAUAACUACACAAUCGACAUGAACCCCGACCAGGCGGAGAUCGUUCUCGAGGCUGAAAAGCAAUACGAGGAGACACCCUCCCAGCAGCUGGCGCUCCAAGAGGCGGCCAAGGCUAGUCUGAAGGCCCGGCGCGGACGGGUUCGCCGCGGGCUCAACUCCCUGACCACAUCCGACGGCACCGAGAAGGGCGGCUACAUCUGCGACGUGUGCGGCAACUUUUACGAAAAGCGUGGCCGGAUGAUGGAACACCGGCGGCGCCACGAUGCCAUCUGCCAGUAUGCGUGCGAAUUGUGCGAUGCAAAGUUCCAGGUGCGUGAGCAGCUGCGAAAGCACAUGUACUCGCACACAGGCAGCAAGCCCUACAAGUGCAGCUUCUGCAGCCGACAAUUCUUCUACGAGAGUGUCCUGAAAUCCCAUGAGAAUGUUCACCGUGGCAUCAAGCCUUACGUGUGCAAGGUGUGCGACAAAGCAUUCGCGUACGCUCACUCGCUGACCAAGCACGAGCUUAUCCACACAGAUAUCAAACUGUAUCGAUGCGAUUAUUGUCACAAAGACUUCCGCUUGCUGCACCAUAUGCGUCAGCACGAGGAGACAAAACUGCACCAGAACGCCGUAAUGCUGGCCGAAAGCAUGAAGGUGGAAAUGGUGGCCGAGGAAGAGGACGCGCACGAAAUUAGACUUCAGGCUCAUUGACGUAUUACACUCCAAUAGAUCUUGUUUUACUUUCUUUAAACGUACUGUAUAAUAUCCAUAUAUAAUACCAGGCAAUUUGUAGUCCUAUUUUCUAGUUCAUAGAAGAUAUAUGUAAGAACGAACUCUUGUUAUAGAGAUUUGAUUCUUAAAUAAAUAAAGGUUAUUUUUGUUAGACUGUA